AGCUCGACCACCCUUCCACCAGAUGACCAGAUGACGGGGGAUAGAACGACCCACAGUCGGAAAACUCGCCCAAGUUAUCAGACACGGCUGUUGAACAAUACUUGGUGUCUUGGCAUUAUUUCUUCAUUGGCAACUCAACCUUUCUUUAAGAGAGCUCUUCCCGCGUAGUAGCUAUCUCGCGAGCCAUGCUGACCAGCCCCGCCGUCGGCGGCCUUCUCGCCCGACAAUCUACCCGCUUGGUCGGCGGCCGGCGACUUGGAACGAGUCCCAGGAUGGGACUGACAGAGUCGUUUAGCCAAGACCCCGAACGCAACUACGAGAAGCACAAACAAGACUCGCUCGAGAAGCAGAGGCAGGGCAAGGGCCACUGGAAGGCCGAGCUGGCGUCCGACAGCGAGGCGGCUGUCAAGGCCGACCGGGCUGCCAAGCCGGAGAGCCCAGCUGAUCUGCAGGAACGAACGAAGUGGGCUGCCGAGGAGAUCAGCAGGCAUGGGACGAGCAUGCGCGAUGGCCUCUGAAAGAAGGGGUAUCUGGUGAUUGUUGGACGCUCGGGCGGUUCGUCGAUGGAGAUGGCGUGUCCAAUUUGCUUACGCGCCUAGGUGGGAGUAACUCUAACCAUUGCUCAGCAGAGAGGCAUGAUUGGGAGUAAAGCGGACCCAUGUACCGAGUUAAAACGGGACAAGAAGGCUGUAUUAUUAUGACCCUAAGUCUAGAAGGGAUGGCUGAAUCAAGGCAUUCGUCCUCGCUAACGCGAUAACGCGAUAGACCUUAUCGUCCAUGUAGACAGAAGUAGACUCCAGCUGGGGCACUGUCCCUGUUCUGGAUGUCGGCAUGCUGCUCUCCCACCCCUUCUCGUCUCCAUCAGUUGCACAACGCCAACUUGGCCUCCUUCCAUAGGCCUUAAUUCCGGUACGUCGACGUCAGGUUGACCACGCUAGUCAGCGUGUCGGGAUGUUCCUCUCUC